AAAUGAUUUCACAUCCUCUACCUGAAAGAGUUUUACAAACACCUUUACAUCAAUUGCCUUAUAUUGUAAGUCAAAUCAAUAGUCAAAUUCACAAAACAUCGCAUGAUAUGACUAAAUAUUUAGAAGAAAACAUCCAAGUCUGCAUGGAAUAACAUAAUAAAAAAAUUUAACUUCGUAAAUAAAUCAAUAAUUCAAACGAUUAAUAUAAAAUUUUAGAAAAUAUUGGAGCUUCAUUAUAAAUGGCAAUCUCCAAUUUAAAGAGAGAAUCUAUUGAAUAGGAUAUCUAGCCUUAAGAUAGUGAAGAAAAAUUAAUGAAUGCAGUUAAAAACUAAAAUUAUGAUGAAAUGAUUAAAUUUUUUUAAACAAUCAAAGAUUAGGCUCUUUUAAUUAAGUGCUCUAAAAUCGCAGCAAAUUUAUUGGCUACCCCAACCAAAAAUUAUAAAAAUAAAAUCAAAUAAUUUCUUGAGCUUAUUGCAAAUCAUCAAUUAAUUCCAUCUAAUAUAAAGGAUGAAAUUAUUGAGGUUUGUAUCAAAGUUUAAAUAUAAAAAUGUUUUAAAAUGUAUUUUCAAUAAAAUGUAUGGAAUACUAAUAAAAAUUAAGCCACUUAUUAUUCAGACAUCAUUUAGCUUUAUCAAAAAAGGUAAUAAUAGAUUAUGACCUAGUUUUAAUUCAACCUUCAAACUUUUAUCAGUAUUUAAUCUACCAAACUACCAUUAAGCACAUAUAGCCAAUAAUAUUUUUUAGAAGUUUAACUAAAAUGUAUUAAAUCAUCUAGUUACUCAUGAUAACCGAGAGAAAUCAAUUUCUGUCAUUUUAAAUUUUAAAGAAGUUUAAUCAAAUAAUUUAUUUUAUCACUUGACUAAUAUCUAUUGUAAAAAUCAAUUAAUUCCUAUUUUGAAACGAGAAUUAUAAAAGAAAACUCUAUUGCUUAUUAUCAGAAAUAUAUAAGUAAAAUAAGAUUAAAAUCUUUUGGCAAUUCUUAAUAAAAAAGACCCUUAAUUACUAUUAGAAUGGUGCAAAUAGAAUAGAUAAAUUAAUUACAAUUUGAACUUAUUUUAGGCCUUAUUUGAUACUGAAAUGUAAUUAUCAAUUGAUAUGUUAAUGUGA